UGGGUUCGCUGCUCUCCUUCGUCUGUUGGUGAAUUUCUUUAGAGUUGUUCGCCAUAUUGGCAAUCUCCUCCAUCUCACCAAAACCCAAGCAUGCAUGCGUCAAGCCGGUUAUUGAGGAGAAAUAAGUAAACAUUUCUCAGCCACCAGCGAGACGAACAUUAACAUCAUGGAGGCCGUCAAAGCAUUUAACGGCGAGCUGUAUUCGCUCAAUGAAUACAAGCCUCCCAUCUCCAAGGCUAAGAUGACCCAGAUAACCAAGUCUGCAAUAAAAGCUAUAAAAUUCUACAAGCAUGUCGUCCAGAGUGUGGAGAAGUUCGUACAAAAAUGCAAACCAGAAUACAAGGUCCCAGGGCUGUACGUCAUCGACUCCAUAGUCAGGCAGUCACGCCACCAGUUUGGCCAGGAGAAGGACGUGUUCGCCCCACGCUUCAGCAAGAACAUCAUCGGAACCUUCCAGAACCUCUACCGCUGCCCGUCAGAUGACAAGAGUAAGAUAGUUCGGGUCCUCAACCUGUGGCAGAAGAAUGCAGUGUUCAAGAGUGACCUCAUCCAACCUCUGCUGGACAUGGCUGCAGGACUGCCCCCUCCCACCGUCACCCCUCUGAUGUCCAGCAGCUCCGCCCCUGUCAACAACACUACCCCCGGUACUCCAGCCACCCCUGCUACUCCUGCCAACCUGGUCCAGGGCCUCCCUGACUGGGCCUCCCAGAUCUCCAACACAGACACAGUGGCUGCUGUGGCCCAGAUCCUCCAGAGCCCUCAGGGGCAGCAGCUCCAGCAGCUGGUGCAGAGUCUCCAGAUGCAGCAGCACAAGCCCCAGCCCUCCCUGCUCCAGGCUCUGGACGCUGGGCUGGUAGUGCAGCUGCAGGCCCUGACCGCUCAGCUGACGGCCGCAGCCACCGCCAACACCCUCAACCCCCUGGAGCAGAGGGUGUCCUCCUUCAACAAGAAACUUUUGGGUCAGUUUGACUUUGGCAACGAUUCAGAACGAGUCGAGGAUGUGAAAAAGGACACCUCUUCUUCUCAGAUGCCCAUGGUGUCCGAGUCCCUCAACAGCUCCAUCUUCCACCAGCUGGCGGAGCAGCUUCAGCAGCAGAACCUGGAGCAGUUCCAGAAGCAGCUCAUGGAGCACCAGCAGCACCAGCAGAAGUCCAUGAGCAUGGAGAGCCAGGAGGCCAUGUACGGGAUGGAGAACUCGGCCACGCCCCAGAGCAGCAACCAACCACAGCUCUCCCAGUCCGACAACAAGAUGGACGACUCCGUAGACAACCAGCAACAGGACAUGGACAUGGACCUGGACGAGGGGCCCGAUGGGAUGGAGGAGGACAUCUUUGAAACAGACGACAAGAAGGCGGUCAGCACGCGGUCAAGAACGCGCUCGCGCUCACGCUCCAGAUCUCCCAAGCGGAGGCGGUCCAGGUCACGCUCAGGCUCCCGGAAACGGAAGCACCGCAAGCGGUCGCGGUCGCGCUCCAGGGACCGCAAGAGGAAGUCGUCGCGCUCGUACUCCAGCGAGAGGCGAGCGCGGGAGAGGGAGAAGGAGCGGCAGAAGAAGGGCCUUCCUCCCAUCCGCUCCAAGACCCUCAGCGUGUGCAGCACUACACUUUGGGUUGGCCAGGUGGACAAGAAGGCCAACCAGCAGGACCUCACCAAUGUGUUUGAGGAGUUUGGCCAGAUAGAAUCCAUCAAUAUGAUUCCUCCCCGAGGCUGUGCCUAUAUCUGCAUGGUCCACCGGCAGGAUGCCUUCCGGGCCAGACAGAAGCUCAGCACAGGCUCCUGUAAGAUUGGCUCCAAGAUCAUCAAGAUUGCGUGGGCUCUGAACAAGGGCGUGAAGCAGGAGUAUAAGCAGUUCUGGGACGUGGACCUGGGGGUCACCUACAUCCCCUGGGAGAAGGUCAAGCUGGAUGACUUGGACGGCUUCGCAGAAGGGGGCAUGAUCGACCAGGAGACCGUCAACAGCGAGUGGGAGGCAGCCAAGAACGCAGAGCCCGCCAAGGAGCCUCCGAGCCAGGUGGGGAGUGUGGAGCCCCUGCCUGCCAGCACCGCCCAGACAGAGGUCUACAGCCAGCAGGUCACCAUGAUGCCUGUACAGCUCCCGGUGGCCCAGGCUGUUCCCUCUGUGGGUCUCGUGCCUCCAUCCUUCCCUGUGUCCAUGGCGAUGCCGCCGCCAGGCUACGGCCCUCCACCGCCCUUCCUCAGAGCUGGGUUCAACGCCUCGCAGCCUCCCCCAGGCUUCAUGCAGGCCGCAGGCGUCCCACAGACAGCUGGCAUGGCCUCCGGACCUACAUCCCUGGUGCAGCCCUCCAUGUCCGCUAGCCAGGACGGCGUCAAGGACAACCCCUACGGAGCCAUGAUCCCCCCCGCGGGGACCAUCCCUGGCAGCUACAUGCCCUCCGCCCUGCCCGGAGGAGGGGUGUACAGCCCCGCAGGCCUCCAGCCCCAGCAGAGCGCUAACGACAAGACGGGCCAGUCAGCCGACGGCAUGGACGCCCAGGCCGAGAUUACCCUGCAAGGCAUGCAGAACGCGGUACGGAGUGGCAUGGGUCUCUUGGGCAUGCACCCCUCCGCCUCCCUCACCCACCCCCUGCACCAGUCAGGCCUGGCCAGCCAGAGGAUGCCCAACCUGCUGCCCAUGGACAUGCGUCCCACCCUGCUCCAGGGGGCUGGGGCCCGCUUCCCCCUGCUCAUGCAGCAGGGCCUGCUAGAUGCCUCCCUCCAAGCCCAAGCCCAGGCCCGUGCCAGGGCCCCCUUCUCCCAGAUGGACCUCUUCAACAGGGUCUCCAGCGCCCCGGCAGACAAGGCUGAGGAGGAGCCCUCCUCCGGAGGAGACAGCAGCCAGCAGGAGGGGGAUCAGGACUACCGCUUUCCCCCACCUGAGAAGCCCAGCACGGGCCUGCUGAGGACCCCUCCCCCCGAGCACAUGGAGCAGCUGGGUGCUGCUAGUGCUGGGGCUGGUGGAGGUGCUGGUGGAGGUAGUGGAGGAGGAGGCCGGCCAGCCUUGCUCCAGACCCCUGUCAGCCAGCCAGCCAGAAACAGCCUAGUGGGCCGUCUCCAGGCCUUGGCAGGCUUCACACCAGACAGCCGCUGGAGCCAGACCAGAGGGGACUUUGACGAGCGGGACAGCAUGCAGAGAGGCCAGCAGGCCGGGGGGUCCAAGGGCUUCCAGCAGGAGGAGCGGCCCAGCCCAGGACAGAACUUCCCCAGCCGCUUCGAGAGCCGUGCGGGGGGAACAGCGGUUAGCGGAGCAGGCGGGGCUACUGGGGCUGCUGGGGCGAGUGGAAGCGGGCCGGCUUGGAAUCGCGGGGCGCCCACGGCCACUGCUACCUCCGCUGCCACGGCGCCCUUCGAACCCGAGGUUCACCAAGACCUGGACGACCGGCGGCGCCCUUGGGACCGGCAGAGGGAUCGGGACGACCGAGAGUUUGACUUCCGGCGAGAGCUGAACGGCAACCGCCAUAGCCGCGAGCGGGAGAGAGAGCGAGAGCGGGAGAGAGAUCGAGGCCGUGAGCGCGGCACCAGGGAGAGAGACCGUGAGCGGGAAAGGGACCGAGACCGGGACAAAGACAGGGAGAGAGACCGCGAGAGAGAACAGCGUGAGCGUGGAGGCUGGAUGCCCCUGCUCCCGCUGCCCACCCCUCUGCUGCCGACCCCCACCCUCAACCCCAACCUCACCCUCAACCAAACCAAGCCCCUGACGCUACUGAAACUGCAGCCCCAGACUAGACCCCCACUGUUGCCCCAGCCUUUAGCUCAAACCCCAACACCAACCAAGACCUCACCUCCAUCCCUGACCCUGUCUCCACCCACGGCCUCAGUUCACUCCGCUCCUCCAGCCCAGAGCCAAGCCUCCAAGCCCCAGUCAGAGACGUUGGUCCAGGACCUGGCUCCAACGCCACCCCAGGACCACACUACACCUCCCCGGGCUCAGUCUCCGCCCCAGCCUCAGUCACCCCCCCAGGCCCAGACCCCACCCCGGACGGAGACGCCACUCCAAGACCAUGCGUCCCCUCAGACGCAGGCCCCACCCCAGGUCCCAUCAGAGACCACAUCCCAGUCACCGUCCCCCCCCAGGAUCCAGUCCCCAGUCCGAGCCCAGACGCCAACCCGAGCGCAGGCCUCUCCCCAGCACUCCCCCAUGUCUGCCAGCCCCCCUGCUGAGACUACAGACUCCCCCAGGGAGAAGGACCUCCCCCAGUGGGCCAGGGAACCAGAGAAGGCCUCAGAGGAGGAGCCACAGGACGAACCAGAACCCCACUGGGGCAGUGGGAGCGCUGGUAUGGACACUAAAACAGUGGCAGAGCCCACCCCAGAGCCUUCACCAGAACCUGUGCCUGAGCAGGCCCCCAGCCCCACCCUCUCCCCCACACUAACCCCAACAAUGUCACCGGCCCAGUCCCCCAACCUGGAGGAGCCCCCCACCCUGGAGGAACCCCUCAGCCUGGCAGAGCCCGCAGACCGGCAGCAGCAGCAGCAGGAGGAGGAGGAGGAGGAGCGCGGCUCCUCAAAGGACGUAGACAGUGAAGUGGGUGAGCCGCUGGAGGAAGCCCCUGCUGAGAAACAGCCAGUGGUAGAGCAUACAGACACUGAGGGGACAUAAUCAUCACUCAGUAGGUAAAAGAUCAUUUUGUAAAGUUGUCUCUUCUCUCUGUACUCGUGUUCAGCAGCAUCAACAACAACAAAAACACAACAAAAACAAACUCCUGAUGGGACCCGGCUGGCUAGUCGAUCUCACACACGAUACUGACUGAUUAACCCGACCAUUUGAUUUUAUCUCUUCUCUAUAGCAGUGCUCUUCAGGAAAAAAAAUAGUUGACUCGCUAGCUGAUUAAAUGAUAGGGGAUUUUGUUUUUAUUAUUUUAUUUUAUUUCUCUUCAUUCACUUUUCUUUUAUAGUUUUCAAUGCCACCCCCAGUUUUAAAAUUUGAUAUAUUUUCAUGACAAUUGCUUGCCAAAAUGUUUCAAUAAUUGUGAAAUGGGGUGGGGUGGGCAGAGAGCUUUGGGCUUCCUAUGGAAGACUGUAAGGAUCCUGGCUGUUUCGGAUGGAUUGACUCCAGAUAUGCGGAAUACUUGAAAAAGAAAAAAAAAUAAGGCACUCGUUGGCCUGUUGUCUCCUCUUCUUUUGAAAUGCUGCUGCAAACGUUUUAAUCGAAUGCCUUUGUGGUGUCCUAUGCUUCUUGUCUUUAAAGCAGAAUGCUAAUAGCGUGCGUACAGUGAGACCAGUACAGUUGCUUCGAACAAAAAAAAAAGGAAAAUUUUAAAGGAUUAAAUAUGACCUGUUAUAUUCCCCAAUAAAUGUCUGUGAUUUUCUUUGCCAUAAUGCAGUUUAUUCCACAAACAAAUUAAAUCGUAGCAACAAAAGGAUCAUUGAGGAUGGAUGGACGGGUGACUGAAGGGGUCAAUUACGAUUUAGUUUAAAUCAACAUGUUUUGCUGUUUAAUCCAUGCUUAAGGAUGACUCCCUGAACUAGGAUACAUAAAAGCGCCUAAUUGACCACCAGGACUUUAAACGGCCUAUAUUUAUGGUGGUGCAUAUAAACACCAGGAUGACUAUUGUAGAUCGUCCGUUCAUUUAAAACCCUCAUAACACUUCAAACGCCUGCUUCAAUAUCACCUCCCACAGCUCUGUAAUGCUCGUUGUUUCCAACCACAGGACCUAUUGCUUUGUAUAGUUUCUGAUCAUCUUAGCCUGUAUAUAUUCCUGUGCUUUUGGUGGGGGGGGGGGACUACUGCAGAUAGAAUUGUGCCUUUUUGAAUUGAUUAUAGUUUAGCAUGAUGCCACCUAAUACAUACAUGCAUACAUACAUAGUCCACCGUUCUGUGAUCUGAGACAGGCCAACAAUGCACUGUCACAAGCUGUCUGCAUCCAGGUGACCUCCCCCCUGACACAGCUGGCAACACUAUACAGCUCUGCCGUGUUAGGGGGAAAGGGGGGGCAAGUCUUAUUUACUCCAUAGUUGUUCUGUGCAUGAAGGCCUGUAGCCAUGUUCACACUUUUUGUAUCUUAACUACAUGAAUACUUCAGUGCAUUUCUGUUGAGACAUACCAGGAAAGGUUCUAUAGUCUGGAAGUCCCUUCAGACAAACUGUUCUCUCUUACUCACAGUUGUGAAGUCAAAUAAAGGUUGGUGCAUCA